GCACUUUCCUCUCCCCCGGCCCCUCGCCAAGUGACCCGUGACACCCCCGCGCCGCCGCCAUGUCCCGCCGCAGCCAGCGCCUCCUCACCACACGCUAUUACCCCGGGGACGACGAUGCCACGACCAGCAGCAGCGGCAGCUCCCUGCUGGAGGGCCAGCAGCUCCCCUUCAAGGAGAGCACGGGCAGCAGGAUGAUCAGGAGGAAAUCGAGUAGCAUGAAGCGCCUCUCCCCUGCCCCUAGCACCCAAACCUCUUACUACAGCGAGUCCCUGAUGAGUGAGUCUUACCUGGGAGGCAGCCGGGGCCUUGCCGCCCUGGGCAGCUCUAUGCUGGAUGAUGCCCUGGACAGCAGCACAUACUGGGAUGGGGAGCUCUCCACCAGGAGGAGAAGAGGCACAGGGGACACUGAGUCCAGUAAGAUCAAUGGGCUGAUGGAGAGCAAGACAUACGACACCUACGCCUCUUCGUCUGGGUACUCCUCAGAAGAUGACUAUGCCGGUCACUUCUACUCAGGCCAGAGUAGCUCCGGGUCAGGGCUGAGGAACGUGGCCUCCCGGGUGGGCUCCUUUCUCUGGCAGGUGCUCACCUCCCCGGUUCGUUUCAUGGGGUGGCUGUUCUCCAAGCUAGCGGCUGCCUGGCACCACCUCACCAGCGCAGCUCCCCGCCUGGGCAGUGUCCCUUUCUCCAGGCGCUACCCAUGGCUGAAGAGGUCCCUGCUUCUGAUGCUGCUCCUCCUGCUCCUCGCUGCUGCUGCCUACGGAGCUUGGUACUUCUACCCGUAUGGGCUGGCAACACUUAGCCUCCCCGCCUUCCCGUGGUGGGGAGCUGGAAAGCUUUCCUCCUCCGAUGUGUCUGGGGCAGGGGACCUGACCGCACUGGACCAGGGGUUGUGGGGGGAGCACCGGCUCCUGGCUCACCUCCAGGCCCUGGAGAAGCGCUUUGAGGUGCUGGAGGCCAAGAUGUCACAGUGGGAGCUGCAGCGGGGAGCAGCAGCAAUGGCGUCAGGGGGAGAGCCGCCCCCAGGGGACAUCCUCACACUGCUGGAGGGGCUGGUGAGCCACCGGGAAGAGGGGCUGAAGGAGCGUCUCCGCACUGAUGUGACCAGCCAUCUCCAGGGUGAACUGGAUGCCCUCCGAGCCCAUGUGCAGAGGGAUUUAGACGGACGCCUGGGGAAGAUGGCACAAGCCUCUCAGGAGAUGGAGGCACACUUGCUGGAGCUGAACUCGGAGUGGCAGAGCUCGGUGCAGGGGAGCUUCCAGCAGGAGGUGGGCAAGCUGGAGCAGGAGGUGGCAGCAUUGAGAAGAGAGCUGGUUGGCCUCAAGUCGGACCAGGAGGUGAUGGGGAAGCACAUGGAGGGGUUGCUGGAGCAGCUGAAGGCAGUGCGGGCUGAUGUGGAAGCACAGUUUCCGGCAUGGGUCAGUCGGUUCCUGUCGGGGUCCCAGCAGGAUGGUGCCUCUGGCCUCGUCCUGCAACGGGAAGACUUGCAAGUGGAGCUUCAAGCCCUGGAGCGCAAGAUCCUGGCCAAAGUCUUGGAGGACCGAAGGCUAUCGGCACGGGAUGCUCAGGCCAGUAUUGGAGUGGCCCUGCAGCAAGGGGGUACCGCAGGGAUGACAGAGGAGCAAGUACACCUCAUUGUGGACCAGGCCCUGAAGCGCUACAGUGAGGACCGUGUGGGGAUGGUUGACUAUGCCCUGGAGUCAGCAGGAGCCAGUGUCAUCAACACCCGCUGCUCAGAGACCUAUGAGACACGGACGGCACUGCUGAGCUUGUUUGGCAUCCCCCUGUGGUACCACUCGCAGUCCCCCCGUGUCAUCCUGCAGCCAGACGUCAACCCUGGGAACUGCUGGGCAUUUCGUGGGUCCCAGGGCUUUGCCAUCAUCCGCCUCUCCAGCACCAUCCGCCCUACAGCUGUGACACUGGAGCACAUCCCAAAAGCCCUCUCACCCCGGGGCACCAUCCCCAGUGCCCCCAAGGACUUCACUGUUUAUGGCUUGAAGGAAGAGGGAGAGGAGGAGGGCCACCUUCUUGGGCAGUUCACUUACAACCACGAUGGUGACCCCAUCCAAACGUUUUACUUGGAGGGUGAUGCUGUGGGCACAUAUCAGCUAGUGGAGCUCCGGGUGCUGAGCAAUUGGGGGCACCCUGAAUACACCUGCAUCUACCGCUUCCGUGUGCACGGGGAGCCGGCGCACUGACCCCCGGAUGCUGCGCGGGAUGAGUAUGCUGCCAGGCUGAGAGCAGACAGGGGGAUUCGUCUGGUUCGCCGCUUUGCACGUAGAAAUCCUGGGAUGUGCCAGCAGCCACCCCAGAGACCUGCUCCCCUUGGGGGAGGAGAAAAGCUGGUGUUUAAGGGGUGAGGCUUUCACUCUUCCAUGGACUGGGGAGGCAAGGCAAGAGCAUCCCACGUGGGUCCUAGCGCAGGCUGGCUUGUCAGUGCAUAUAGGACACUUUAACUUUUUAAGCUAACUUUUUUUUUUAAUCAGGUCUGCGCAGCCCCUCAUUCCUGUUGCCCUGCUCCUUUCUGAUGGUGUGCCUAAUGUUGCUGGGGCUUGGGAAAGGGAUAUGUAAUUUUGCGAUGUGCUUCAUGGAGGCUUGGGCAUUACACGGUGUAUGGGACCGUGGUGACUGGCUGGGUGCUGCUGUGGUAGGUAGGAGCCACUGGUCACAGCCACCAAGUCUCUACUGUCCACGUGGGGUCACUUUUCCUGCCUUGGCGUUGGCUUAGGUAAAGAUCUCCAGACCUCUGAUGCUAGGCUGGCAGAGAGGAAAUAGGACAGUAUUAAGAAAGUAUUAACAUAAAACUAACAGUCUGGGACAGCAGGAGAGAAGAAAUUUGGCAUGUGUUGGUGACAGAAUCCACCCCAGUGCUGUUGUCAGUCUGCUCAAGCCCUACUGCUGCUGUCGGCUGUGUUGGGCCUUGGCGGUGCUGUCAGCCCUCUUGGCUGGCUGGCUCCCUGGGGUUAAGCUUGAUGCUAUUGAAAACACCUGUUGCCUGCUUCCCUUUUUGGGUUUGUUGUGGUUUGGGGGUUUUGGUUGUUUAGUAGUUGUGUGGUGGUUUUUUUUUUUUUUUAAAGGGUGGGGAGGGGGGUGGUUUUCCAUUUGGGGUGUUGCAGAUUCUUUUUUUUGUAGUAACAAAGGAAAAAAAUUACUUUUUCCACACAAUUUCUACUUAACUUGAGAAUAUUACAUGGCACUGCUUGGGCAGAGAGGGCUAGAACUUAGUUUAGUAGGAGAACAGUGCACAUAGUAGGAUAGGCUAGAAUAAGAUGGGCAGAGCUGUUUAAAAUACGGGCUUUGAGUUGUCAGUGGUUUGAUAGCUGGACCUGGGAGACAAGGUACUCUGUGGACUGCUGCCUGGCAGGGUGCUGGAGGCAUACCUGCCCUCUUUGCUCCAGAGAUGUCCUCUGAGACUGCAAUGUGCAGCCAGGGCCCCUCACCCAUGGCUAUGUAUAGGUGACUGUUCACAGCGAAUGGGAGCUGCUGCCCUGGUGCUAUGCAACACUCUGUCCCUCAGUGGGCUGCUGAGUGGGAGAUAGGGCAGAGGGGAGACCUCCUUCCCCAGGGGUGGCAGGUGCCAGCAUGCUGCUUCACCUCAUGGGGGCAGCAGGGCCUCCCCCUACCUGCAGCGUUCAGGGCUGUCUCGGUCACCUCUUGGUCCCCAGUGGCAGAUGGCUGGCGUGGGCUGACCUCCUUUCUCUUGGAAAGACUCCCUUUUCCUCUCCCUCCUGCCUUCUCACUGGCAUUGCUCAGCUCCCCCAGCCCUGGCUGCAGAGGACUGGGCCAGAGCAGGAUGGGGAGUCCUGCCUGCAUUGGGCACAUAAAUCCCAUGAGUGGUGGCAGGGGACUGCAGGAAGGAUGCAUAGGGACCUUCCCCAGGCUGAGUGCCAGGGCCAUCUGGCCACUCCACCUUCUGGCUGCCUGCAAGCACACUUAGUUUGGCUUAUGAUUUUGGCAUUUACAAACCUCCGUAUUGUGUUUUGUUGGGGGGAGCUAAAGGGCUCAUAUUUAGUGUUUCAGCCCUGUCUGAUGCUGGCAUCAUCUUCCCCUGGCACCGUGAGCUGGGGGAGAGCACUGUGAAUUGAGUCUUGCUCUGGUGUUCUCUGCUUGAAGUGCUGUAAGGUGAGGGGUGUAGAGGAGGGGAAGGGGCUGAAGAGGUUUCUCCCUUCAGCAUGCUCUGAUGUACAUCAGGCAGAGGUGCCGAGCCCUGCACCCCUCCCUGCCAGCCCAAUGGGUUGCGAGUAAUGGUGGCACAUCCCUUCUGGAGGGGUGUUCUUGCUCCAGGCACAGGAAGUAAGCCUGAAGGGUGCAACCCCCUUGCUAACAGGUUAAAAUUAUCCCCUGGAGCGCCCUGCAAUGAUGGGAGGCUGCUGCAGGGAGAAAGUAGAGCUGCCACCAGAUCCAGUGACAAUAAAUUCUCUCCUAUAUUGAGCAUAGUCUUAAUUCUUGGCAUCCACUGCUGAAGUUAUUUUAAACUUGUCUACAACUGCCUGCUUGCCUUGGAGUCAUGUCCAUGAGUGACCUGCAUGCACAGAAUUGUGCUUUUAUGAAUGCCUAGACCUGUCCUGGGCUCAAUAGAGCAGCUCCUGUAUUUAACUGAAGAGAGAGCAGAGAUGAAGCUCUCCUCCUUCCCCAGGUGUUCUCUGGCUGCUGUAGCAAAUGCCAUAACCAAUGAGGCUUGAAAACCCCUUUUUUUUAUGUCCCUUCUUGACUCCCUAUCCUCUGGGUGGUUGGGCUGUCAGGACAGACAGGGUCUUUUUACCACAAAAUCACUUUUUCUUGGGCAAUCAGGCAUGCUGGUGAGAGUUGGGAAAGGGGGACCCAAAAGGGGAGUUGGAGCAGGGUCUCUGCUCCUUCCCAAGCGAGUGUUAAGGGCUGGCUGUGGGGUAGGGAGCACUUGGCUUUACAGGGCAAGCUUGCCUUGUCCUUUUGGAAAAUCUCUGCUGCUGUGAGGUAAAACCGCCUGGAGCCACCACUCAGAGGUCACCCCUGGGGGUUUAUGGGGGUAUUGCUGGCUUUAAAGGCCUCACCAUGCCAACUCUGUGAGGAGCCCCAGGAAGGCAGGCUGAGGCUAGGUGCAGUUUUUCAUCCUCCAAAUUCUUCAUCUGUGCUGUGCUGCAGCCUGAGCACCUGUACCGAGUGCCUGGCCAACUGGGUCUUGCAGGGGUUUACAGGAUUUCUGCAAUGCUUUCCUGAGCUGCAGAGGAAAAGGGGGCACAUAAAACUGCUAGUUCAGCAUGUGCAUCUCUGCCCAGGGGUAUUUAAUCCUAGUGCUGAUGCAGAAGAUAAGCUGGGUGAGGCAGGAGAAAUGUGAAACAGCUGUCAGAGCAGAUUUCCCUUAUUUACUCCAUUUCCCUCCUCUCUUCUCCCUCCUUCUCCAUUUGCCCUGCAUGUGUUACAAAUUAGCCCUGCAGAAACAGAUGGUUACAGGCAGGAGACAAGUUUGUAUUUGCUGUAGCCUGCUGCAAAUGCUGCACUGUUUUGUUCAUUUUAUUUUCUAAUCAACAGAUUGUAACUUAUGCCUAUGCAAGAAAAAAGACCAAGACAAAUAAAUUAUAUCAAAACUG